AGGAGAAGGAGGCCGAGGAGAAGGAGGCCGAGGAGAAGGAGGCCGAGGUGAAGGAGGCUGAGGUGAAGGAGGCUGAGGAGGAGGCCGAGGUGAAGGAGGCCGAGAGCUUUGAUUUGGAAGUAUUUCGUGGACGUUGAAAGUCCUCUGAGGAGAAGUAUAGUCGUGGCCCCAGAGGAGGAGGACUUGGAAGCCUCAGCACCAAUUUUUGAAGAAACUAGCCUUCUUGCAGCAGGCAUGACACUGAAGCAGUAGUCAAGACGUGCAUCUUGAUCUACAAACCCAAGACUAUAUGCUUAGAAGCGGUAAUGCUGGAGACUAGGUGAUGUGUUUAAGAAUUUGAGAAACUUCAUACUGUUUUCCACAGUGACUGGGCUGCUUUACAACUGAGCCAGAGGUUAGAACUGUUGAGAGAACCCUGACUCAGUCUCAUGAUGACCACUGCUCAGCUCUCCCGAGACACCAGAACACUAAAGGCAUCUAAGAACAAGGUCCUGUGGUUUGAUUCCCAGUUCUGCCAAAACAACAAAACAAAAUAGUGUUAAGACAACUUGAGGGAGAAAUCUGGAUCCAGUGUCAAACGCUGCAGAGAAGAGCACAAUUUUCCCAUCCCAAAUCACUAAUGAGCAUGAGUCACUGGUAAUGGUGAAGAAACUUUUUGCUACUUCUAUCUCAUGCAUAACAUAUUUGAGGGGCCUGUUUCCAGAGAGCUCUUACAGAGAUCGCCAUUUAGAUGACCUCAGUUUAAAAAUUCUCCGGGAAGACAAAAAGUGUCCUGGGUCAUUACAUAUUAUUAAAUGGAUUCAAGGUUGUUUUGAUGCUUUGGAAAAGAGAUACCUUCACAUGGCAGUGCUAACACUGUACACAAAUCCCAAGGAACCUGAGAAAGUGACUGAGAUAUACCAAUUCAAAUUCAAAUACACAAAAAAGGGAACCACUAUGGACUUUGACAGUAGUAGUACAAGCUUUGAAAGUGGGACAAACAGUGAAGAUAUUAAGAAAGCCUGUUCCCUACUGAUCCGUCAGUUGUAUAUACUGAUGCAGAACCUUGGACCCCUUCCUAAUGAUGUUAUACUUACCAUGAAACUCCAUUAUUAUAAUUCAGUGACCCCAUAUGAUUACCAACCCCCUGGUUUUAAAGAGGGCGUGAACUCACAUUUCCUACUGUUUGAUGGGGAGCCUGUGAGCCUUCGAAUGGGUUCAGUCUCCUCUGGCUUUCACAGCAUGAAAGUAAAAGUCACAACCGAGGCCACGAGAAUGCUUGAUGCGGACAACAGUCCCGCUCCGGAGACUGGCACCACUGAGAUAGCCCAUCAGGGGCUUGACUGUGAUGAGGAAGAAGAGGACAGCAGCAACCAAACUCAAAGAAUGAAUUGUGUACACAUUGAGCCAAGUUUUGAAAGCUCCGGGAAGAAGAGGAAGAUCAGUGAGCCAGUGAAAGUCUUCAUCCAUAACAGAAAAUGAAACUUCUGUGACUUUACUACAUCUGUUUGCAAAAAACGUGUAUGAAAUGUUGUAACAGGAAAGUAAGUUCUUAUCACCAAAACUUUUUUUUAAGUUUUUGCUCAACAUUUUUGUACUCAGUUUACUAAGCUGCCAAGUUGUUGGGCAGGACAUGGGUUCUCUUUGCCAGAAGGAAACAAGAUCACCAGGGCUGCCAUGGGAUGGCAUUACCUCACAGCCAAGUUAGAGAUGAGACACACUUUGUAUUUGCAAAAGAACCACAGCAGUUAUUUUGAAAAGAAGUAAGCUGCUGUUCUUAAAGAAAAGGAUUUUUCUUUAAUUAAACUCUCCAGGUAUCUAGACUACUGUGAAAUAUUCUGACUUGUUGGAACCUGUGUGUUGGAAUCCUUCUAUAGCUUUAUUAAAACUCACACAGAAUAGCAUAGGAUGUGUGUGGAGGUGCUUAAUCAAGUGUGAUUUAUAUGUUGACUUCAGUCACAAGGUUGAUCAGCAGCAUGUGGACCAGGAUGCCCUCCCUGUAAAAUUCCUCAGCUCUGGCCCCAGGCCCUGUUUUGUUGGCCAAUCCCAAACAGCUGACAUGCCACAAUUCAGGAGCCUGGUUCCCUCGUAAGACCUAUGUUGAAUAUUUUCCAAAAAAUCCUUGAGUUUAUCAGUCUGUAACUUGCAGGUGAUUCUAUUAGUCCCCUCCCAAUUCUGGAAGAAUUUUGAUAGGCUUAGUGAUUAAUGUGCUAUUAUGAAUAAUAAAUGACUUAAAGAAUU